AUGGUGCGCAUGAACGUGCUUGCCGAUGCUCUUAAAAGCAUCAAUAAUGCAGAGAAACGUGGUAAGCGCCAGGUUCUCAUCAGGCCGUGCUCAAAGGUGAUUGUGCGAUUCCUUACAGUGAUGAUGAAGCAUGGCUACAUUGGCGAGUUUGAAAUAAUUGAUGAUCACAGGGCCGGAAAAAAUUGUUGUCAAUCUCACAGGGAGACUUAAUAAGCAUGAACUCGCAUCAAAGUUCCAGUGUCUCUUGAUGACUGCACACACUGUUGCUUAUCAAUAUUAUGGGCAGUUUCACUUGGCAAGGUUCAAUGUGGCGUCAUUAGCCCCAGAUUUGAUGUGCAGCUAAAAGAUCUGGAAAAGUGGCAAAACAAUCUCCUGCCUUCACGUCAGUUUGGGUAUAUUGUACUCACAACUUCCGCUGGCAUCAUGGACCACGAGGAAGCAAGGCGAAAACACACAGGAGGCAAAAUCCUGGGAUUCUUUUUCUAA